AGUUUUUUCAAUCGGCGGCGAAUGGUUAGUGUCUCUUGGCUAUCCAGAGGAAAGGUGCUCUUUCACAAUAAUUUAGUUUAUUUCGGAUAUUAUGACUAGUGAAGAAGCGAAAAUGUGUCAAAAAUAUUUUCAAACGUUUCAAAAAUGGAUUUCGGAUGACUAACCAUCAUGCAACUGUUUUAUCGAUUAAAACUGGAUAAAAGUUCACAAGUUUUCCAUCAUCAUCAUGUUACUGCGUUUACGUUCGGUGUUUUACCAGUAUUUCUGGGUACUGUGGUUGACUAUUACGUUUUAUAUAACCGAAAAGCAUAUUUUAGCAUUUCCUCCCAUGCCGCAACAUAUUUCUUUUCUUCCUUACCUCUCACUGGUCUUUGUUUUUGUAUUUUUUUUGCUUUGUAUAGUAACUUCGAAAAAGCUACGGAAACUCAUUGCCGUAUUCGUAAUGUUCUCCCAUCGAUAUCGGUCGCUACUGGUGAUUUCUACUGGGGGCGGUUGAUAUGGAGGAUUCUAAUUUUCACUCAUCUUAUACCCCGAGUGUUAGCAGCAGUCGCAUAUGCACAGUUAUUCAGAACCCCAUUGGAAACUAUUGUACAAAGUAUUUUCCGUUAUCUCACUUGUUUCCUUGGCUUAUUAGAAUUAUUUUUCUUAGCAAUGGUUAGCGCUAUCUCAUCCAAAGAUAAUCAUUUUCGCCAUGUUCUCGCUUUCUCCAUCUUUCAGGUGACAGGAAUGAUUCAUGGUGCGUUGCAUAUUAUAAUGUAUCGAACAACGGGUAUCUGUGAUUACAGUACCCAUACAAGAAAAUCUUACAGGGUGAAGAAGACGUGCUACAGGUGGUCGGUGUUAUUUCUCAUUAUUUGUGCUCUUUUGUAUUAUCGUCAUAAUAGCCGUUGCGAGCCUUAUGUUUUUUCUGCAUUUGCAUUUUUUGAAUACCUUGUUGUGCUAACAAAUAUCUAUUUUCACGCUACAUUUAGAUUUGAUUUCUACGGCUUGUGUAUUUUUGUGUUUUGAGAUUAUCAUAUGACUUUUUGUUAAAUCAGGCUAAUAAUAAAGAGUUCCGUAG